AUGUCGCAAAUGUUAGCAGCUCGGUUCAUAAAGUUUCUAAUUAUUUUGCAACUCGUUUCGUUACUCAAUGCUUUGCUCGUCGUAAAAAUCUUAAAUGUUGAGUGUUCAGUAAAUGAAUCUUAUGUGGAGAAUGCCAGCUGCAUAUUAAAGCCGGCGAAUCGAGACGAAUCUCUUUUUUACUUGAACGCCGACUUGGUUAAGCCAAUUAGUAACGUAACUAUGCGUAUGAAAUUAUUGAAGAAGAACCACGCCAAUCAGUUUCAGCCCUUUAUGCUAAACGCCGAAGUUAACCUUUGUGAUAUUAUGGACAAUAGAGUUGGUUCGCGUUAUUUUUUGGUAUUUAAGCAAGUUAUAAAGGAACAUUCGAAUCUAGUUCACAGUUGCCCCUACUCGGGUCAUUUAAUGGUGAAAGAUGCAAACUUAGACACCAAACUUUUGCCAGCAGCACCGCCUUUGGGAAUAUAUAAAUUAAGUCUGAUCUUCAGGGAGGCCAUUACGAAGGAUUGUUAUUUAAAAAUUGUAUUAGAAGCUGAAUUUCGGGAUAUUAGAGGAUUAAAAUAUUGA